CUUCGCCAUGCCCUUGCGAUGUUUGGUGGUGGACUGUGGUGGCGUGACGCAUCCCGACUCGGGCCUAAAAGAGGCCGUGCGGAAGCGCGUGGCCUCCGCUGAUGCCGCGCAGGCGCAGAGCGCGGCGGCCGCAGCGAAGGCGCAGUGGAGCGCCAUGCGCGAUGACCCCAGGGCCACCAAGGAGGACUUCUGGCAGCAGAUCUCGGUCGCCUGCGGCCUGGAGUCCUCUGCGGCGGCGGAGGCGGACGCGGAGAUUUGCGCCACGCUACGAGGUGCAGGGGUGGAAUCCAUAUUUUCCACAAGUCCAACACGCGGCGCCAUGUGGACCUUCCUUGUGCUGGCCUUGGUGAGCUCAGCGGCAAGUGAGACCGCACGGUGCCAGAAGAAUGGCGCCCCGGUGUUUCUGCAGUUCGGCACACGAUUCAGCCAGGGAUCCAUGACAUUUUCAAGUCAGGGAGAAGAUCCAGAUGACUUUCCAGAAGAACAUCCAGAUGUUCCCUACUGUUAUGGAUCUUUUGGUGCCGUGGCAGCACAGGAGGGCGAGAGCCUUGGCAGCGGCAUGAAGGACGUAAGCUUGGCCGACUGCAAGAGGGCAUGCAACAGCCAGGAGGAAUGCAGAAGCUUUACCUUCUGUGAGCAUUGGGCCCAGUGUUUCUUGAAGAAACAGAUUUUGACUGGUCAGGAGCCCACCAAGCCCAACGACGACUGCCGUAGCUUCUUCAAGACGACCAGCUGUGAGGCGGAGCAGCGUGGCCCAGCCACGGUGAAGGUGGUGUCCUACAACUUGUACUGGUGGAACGCCUUUGGGUUGAAGGAGAACGGUUGGAAGAGAGAUGGAAUUCUGCAGAACAUCAAAUCGGAGCUGAGGCCCGACACCAUUGGCUUCCAGGAGUGCGACUCUCCGGAGCUACUGACGGGUCGGACAGGUCUGGAGGUGGCGUCCAAGUUCGCAGGAGCUCAAGGAAUCAUGGUGAAACCCAAGAAGUUUCGCAUUUUGAUGGCUGGCUCACGGGAUUUGGAGGCCACUGGCAAGUGGGGCACCAGGUACAUGACCUGGGCAAAGCUGGAGGAUCGCAAUGAGCGUCGCUUCUGGCACUUCAACACCCACUGGUGUGUGCAUAGCAAUGCCAACCACGUGUGUGAUGAGGAGACGCGCUACAGGGGCGCCAAGACCAUGGUGAAGGCCAUCCACGAGUUGGUGGGCUCGGAGCCGGUGAUUGUCACCGGCGACUUCAAUGCUGAGAUGGACGAGAGAGGUCCCCAACAUUUCCUGCAGAGCGGCUUUAAGCUGGCAGUGAAUGAGUGGGUCGACAGCAUCUUCUAUUCGAACGACUGGGAGCUGGUUUCCCAAGGCACUGGAUCAGCUGCUGGUAGUGAUCAUCAUCCCGUCUAUGCUGAGCUCAGAUUGAAGCCAUCUCCAUCUGCCUUACACGUCAAAUGAGAUGCUGCCGCCGUGUCAGGGGUGGGGUAUCCGUGGCUGUGUCCCCAAAAAAUGGGGGACUCACCAGUUGAUGGUCUCCUCAUAGGAGACAGAGAGUUCUCAAAUAAAAAUCCAUGUCAUUUGCCACCAAAAUCCAGACACAUCCAGCCUAAUUCAGUCGGUGUGGCAGACCCGAGCCAGUUCGCCAUGAGUUGUAUAGAAGUGGUAUCUCUUCCAGAGCCGAAAUCCCCUCCCAAGUCGUGGCGAAACCACAAAACCAGAGGAUCGUCUGAGCUUUGGAGCGGUGGACAAUCCAAAAGUGUUGGUUUCCAGCUCAGGUGUCCCGCACCAUCGCCGGCUCUCAGCCUUCCAACUGAAUUUUUUGAAGCCAGGAAAAUGGCCCCGCCAAGUGCAAUCCACACACGCUGGAGCAAAAAGAAAUGGCAGGCAGACCCUGGCUCUAUUGGGAACUUUUGAUGUAGGCAACAUAUGGCGCUUCUGCAUGUUACAGGAUGUUACAGGUAGGGUGGUUCUGAAAGCUUGCCCAUGACCCCAUGUGGAGCAAGUCAAAGGUCAGAUUCUUGGGGUGGAGGCACGUUUCAAAACUAUCCAACUACAGUUUUGUGACCGUCAGAGUUGGGUCGCGAAAAAUAUUUGAAUCCGCGACCUAAUCAAAGAAGGCAUCCUCUCUUCAGGAGGAUUUGGGUGUCGACACGUAGCGACGUUUCGGGUUUCGGUCAAAAGGGCCGCAGGCCAACCGGCUGACGUGCACAGUGGAUAAGAAGUAGAGCUAGCUCUUUGCCGAGGGAAAAA